AUGGCUCGCAACCUGAAUGGCUCACUUCGCGUGCCUUACCUCAACUACAAGAAAGACACACGUUACAUACUAUGGCGGCUUGCACAUGCUUCGAAUAGCAUCAUUACAACAAUUCCACACUCUCAACGAAUCUCAACUGAUGUCAUCAACACCACGGGUCAUAUGACUUGUGCGGAGAUCGAAAUCAUGUCUCAAAGAGUCGGUGCUGCGUUUCUCAAGCGCAGGGAGCAAGUUCCUUCGAUAAUCCUCUAUCUAUUUGACUCUGUCAUCAAAGGUCGCCAAAACAUGAGCGAAGAAUACAAAGCCAUGUACACCGGCAUACAAGAUGAAGAGUUUGAACGCAGCAACGAUCGACACCAAGCCUUCAUAAAUACUCUGACCUUUGCUUUCAAGGCGCUUGGAGGCAACCAGUGGCUACUGACUCUUCAGGUGCACGCAAGCGAUGACGAUCCUGGCGAGACAACUAUUUCAGUCGAAGUCCCACUCAGGGAUUACCGCGUUGUUGACGGACCAGACGACAAACGCGACCGUGCCAUCAUGAUCUUGACGGCCUUUGUGGAGGACUUGAGAUUGAGGAAUGAACUGCAAAGCUGGUGGGGAGCGGUCGCGCAUAACCAGUCCACCAUUUCUGUCGCAGGUGUCAUGUCUAAUACGGCAAUAGCCUUGGUCAAACGGACAGCGGCAGCCCUAUUUGUGGAAUCUGAUGCAAAAGGUGAACACAGCGAUUCUUACAUCAGCCUUCUUAACGAUAUCGCAAACGGUGGUCCGGCAGAUCUUGGGCAUACUUGGUUCGCAAAGUACGGCAAAAGGUUUGGCAUCUACAUCUACAAUGCUUUGGUCGAAUUUGUGACCGAUUACCAGAAGAAUCGCAAUGGUAGACCAACAAAACGUUUGCGGGCCCAGCUGGUCAAGUGGAUUCCGGGAUGCAACCUCCAACAGCUUUCGGAACGGGGACGACUUGAGUGGCUACGUCUCUAUACCAUAAACUGGCUGUACGAUCUUGUCAACGUCUUCGUACACAUAGUCAGACAGGAGAGACAUAUCGACAAAGCCUUCCCUAAGGACUUUACUUGGUUUGUGGAUGGGCCUUAUCGUCGGAACGCCCGUCUGUUCGGCAUUGAGGACUUUGCUGCUUGUGUCACGACCUGGUCAAUGCAGAAACCUGGUACAGCCUUCCAACACAAGAUCCUAUUACAUCACGUGUUCCAGCUCCAAUGCAUUGUCGAUUCAUUUGCAGCUACCCAAGGUUGGUUCUCGGUCCGCGAAGACAAGGAUGAGUUUAGACCGUGUCCGAAAGAUUUUCGACCAGCACAGGCGAUAGAUCGUUUUCUCGAUCGUCACACUGAUGGCCAUACUGUUGGAUUCAUCAGAGGGGUGGACGCGUUCUUGGAGACUGUGAAAAGCAUGCCAUCAAGAUCUGGGGUCUCGCAUAUGGACAAUUUGCUGGAAGAGUUGCAGCACCUUCCAACGCUAUUCAACAGCUGGCUGGGUACAUCAAAUCGCACAUUUGAUCUCGAUGAUGGUCCGGAGUCACGCUUUGAGCGAUGUUACAACAGCGCAGAGAGUAGUCGCAAUGGUCUGUGGGAACACUCGCCCUUUUUAUGCGGUGUUGGUCUGGCUGAAGCACUCAACGUGGCAUACCGCAUUGGCCUUGUCAUCUGGGAUGAGUUACGUGAGCUCUCUCAGCUCAUGCAGGUGCACUAUAUCCUUGUCGAGAAGGGAUUUCUGUCACAGGCCCUUGAUCGUUUCAAUGACUUAGUCGUCAUUUUCCAUAGCAGAGCUUUUUGGGACCCUACGACUGACCGUCUUGGAAAGAAUAAACGUUACACAAAACCUACUCAACCGCAAGCUCGAGCUCUGUCUGUUUCGUCUACAACCCUCAAAGACUGGCUCAAUCUCGAGGAGAAUGCUCUACUCCACUCAAAACACACACUAUUGUUGUUACAGGAGUUUGAUUGGAAUUUUUGGCGCGUGCCAGAAGACCAGGUGAACCCAACUACAACACUGGGAAGCCUCUAUUUGACUCAAACAAGACGUACAACCGACUCUGAAACCGGAAACGUACGAUUCGAGAAUACAGAAUUCAUCAGAAAUGCCAGGAGACUGUUCUCACUUCCUACAGACAACGACGAUCACCUCCUAGGAGUCGCAGAAUCUUUGGAGAAGAGAUUUCUGCCAGCAAUGCGCAAGUUCCAAGAGGAAUACGAUUUACCGGCGUCUGAAGACAGUCACAAGGACAUUUCUUCUUGUGCCCAAGGUUUCGAGACACUCAGUGACACCGAUUAUGCAUUCUCGACCUUUCACGUCUGGUCCCUUCUAGAGAUAGAUGUGAAGAGCGAGAUUUGUGGCCGCUCACCACCUUUUGGCUUCAACUACCUCUGGUUCGCAGCUAUAUUGCUCAAGACCUGGACUAGGAUCGACGACUGUCUAGCAAAGAUCCAAUCGCCAAUCUACAAUGUGAUCCAAAAUACAGGCCACCUAUCAAGCAGACGCGACAAUCUGAUCAGACAGAUUCGUUACGGCUCGUCUGAGGAUGACACAAAAUGUGCUGCUGCAAUUGCCAAGAUACUGCAGCAGGUCCCUAUGUUCAGAAGAAACUGCACUUAUUGGGAUGGUUACUAUUGCCUUCGCUGUGAAACGAAACAUGAUACAUAUGAGGAUUGCACGAAGAAGUUGGACCAGUGA